AUGCUAUAUCUCGCGUUUAUUUACAGUAUCACUACUCUUGCUUUGCUCCUCGCGAUUUCACAAGCCAAGUACUGCACUAGCCAGGGGCCAGGCGUGUGUCAACUUAACUUUCAAGGCUCGCCUCUUUACACCGAUGGCAACUACAAGUACUCAAUCAUAUGGGAGUUUGCAUACAUCUUCGACAACUCAUGCAAACAGCUCGGCUACGUGACUUAUCCAUUACAGGGACUCGCCAUUGACUCACAACUUCCAUUCACUGUCGAUAUCACAUGGAUGAGCACUGAUACAGAAUAUUUUGAAUUUUGCUAUUCGGCUACAUGCCAUCAAGGGGGUUUUUGGUGCCAGCUUCAGGAUGUAAAUAGUACUUCUAUUAUCGAGUGUUUGCAUGGCUUUGACUGUGCCAAUAUGGAAAGAAUGGUUUCCCCGAAAGAAUGA